AUGGAAGAUUUGAGGCAAUCUGUGGGUGUGGCUAUGGAAAUGCAGAAUAGGGUCCGCUACACUACCCAAGUCCAUGACAAAGUUGAAUUACAAAAUGACGUGGCAACAAAAAAUAAAAAUAAAAAUCUACAAACAAAAAUUAAUGAAUCAAUUCAUUUUCUCCAAAUUGCAAUUUUUAUUUUCCCUAACCUAAUCUCUCUUCUCCCCACAUAUCUGUCGGCUUCUUUGAGAGAAAAACUAAAGGGUAACAAUUUUCUUACAGUUACUUUUCGUUUCAUUCCUUUCUUUUUUUCCUAUUCGCAGCUCACAAACAAGAUUGAAGGGGCGCCAUUGUUUUUUGAAGUUCUGAGUUCACGUGAUUUGAAUUUUUCCAAACUUUUAGCCGCCAUGAGGAAAGGAAGAAAGAGGAGUUUGUGCAAUUCUUUAACCGGCACCGGGAAGAAAGAGGAGUUAGUGGAAGAUUUCAUUUUAAAUCUUAAACCCUUAAUUGAAGAAAGAGGAAAUAUGAGGCUGAAGGUCCAAGAAGAGGUCCAGUCCAAAGAUUUGGAUAUAGCCCAACUAAAAGCCCUGCUCACCAGAGUUCUCAAAGAGAGGGACGAGGCCCAAAAGGCCUGCCAGAAA